GUGACACCAUCUUCCCAAACUCUUCUGCAAAGGUAUUUGAGCCAUGAGUGACAGUUAGGCUAAGCCUAAACUUGGCAAAGUUGCCAUCAGGGACUUCAUUGAGGAUCUGAGCCCUGAGCCAACAGAGGGGUACAUUUGUCACUGUGGCCUAAGAUGAACUGCAAUAUAUGGGCCAGGUCUCUCAGGUUGUUGGAGAAGAGGGUCAGGUGACCUCCAUGCGGCAGUGAAGUCAAAAAAAGAUGUUCUUUUGGUACUUGCAGAACGUGAGCAAGCAACCUCAAAAUAGUUUUGAGUAGCCCAGGCUGGACAAAGAUCAAAAGCACCUGGGGUCAGAAAAAUCCCUCCAGGCCUCACUCCCCUCUCUGGAUGGCAGCGGCUUGUAGUCAUGGAGCAGACCAUUGUCACACACCAACCCUCGCUGUCAAGGUCCAUGUUGGAGGAGAAAGGGGAUGGAGGUUUCUCUGCAGUAAGUGACACGAAUUGGAGGUCCAACAACGCGAGCGCAGUGGCAUUGACUCAGCCCGGCUUGGGCAUCGCCACGACGACCGUCACCACCAUCACGCAGACGGGCGGCGAGUGGAGCAGCGGCCUGUUUGACAUCUGCGGAGACAAGUGCACAUGUGUCAUCGGUGCUGUGGCGCCGUGCUGUUUGGACCUGAGUCUCGCUAAUCUGUAUGGCGAGUGCCUCUGUUUUCCUCUGCUGCCAGGGUCCACCUUUGCUAUGAGGGUCGCGCUCAGGGAGCGGUACAAGAUACGGGGGAACAUGUGCAACGACUGGAGUACCGUGUGUUGCUGUUACUCCCUGGCCGUGUGUCAGAUGGUGCGAGAGAUGAAGCGGCGGACGCUGGCUCGGACGUACCACGUAGCCACCACACUGGAGUGCACUUGACUUGGGACCACAAGUCUCCAGACCUGACCCUGAACAUCUUGCCCACUUCUCAGCAGUGUUGAUUCUGAGGGUCCCAGAAGGAAGCCUGCAUUGCUUCACUAGGUACAUUUGCACAGUCCAGUUUGAUGCAGUCCGAAAUGUAUUGCCACAUCUAAGUCUUUAUCAAGGAUACUAGUGCACGCUUAUUCACUCUUGUCAGUGUCAAUCAUAACUAAGAAUGAUUCUUUCUGUUUUUGAACUUUCUAAUCAUUCCUUUUGGUUCCCUUAUUGUCAACAUAUCAAGGACAAAACAUUAGGUAAAGUUAAAUGAAUGUAGCCGGUGUCAUUAAAACGGCAUUAUUAUUUAUAUCACCGUAUGGUGUCUUUGAGACUUGAACUUCAUCUUCAUUUUAUUAAGUGGAUAAAAUGUUGCAAUAAAUUUGUCAUAAAUGAGGACAAAGUGCAUAUAAAUAGCAAAAUAUAUUAUGUGAGCUUCCUGACUGGGAGGACAAUGACAUAAUGGACUUGUUCGCAUUUUUAUUUUUAUGAGCACGUGUUGGACCUUGCCAUAGAAACAUGAUUCAGUUAACAAGCGGACUUUAGGCUGUUUAACAAAUGCAUUUCAAAUUUCUGAAAGACAAAUGCUAUAGAUGAGUGGACACGAUGAAGCUGCAACAUAAUCAGCUUUGUCUGUUUUUCAUCAAAAUGCGUUGAAGCUAAAAAAAAAAAAAGUUUUUCUCUGUAUUAUUUUACUGCACGCCCAGAGAUAUGAGCCUCAUAAUCUUUUACAGCUGCCGCGUUGUGAUACUUUAUGGAUUUUGCAGGUCUGAGCUUUUUGAUUUUUGUCUUGCACGCCAAAGGUCAUCUGACACAUUAAAUGUAAUCCUUCUCUCUGGUA